GGCCUCUUCAGAAAGGAAAAUGGAUCUGGUUAUGUGAGGGCAUUGAGGAAACAGUCCCCAGCUACUGAGAGGAAGAAAGGCCGGUGGGAAAUACUGAGAUUGAAGGAUUUUAAUGGCUUUCAGGUAGAAGAAAGUGGAGACAAUCAAAAUGAAUUCUAUGGACAGGCACAUACAGCAGACCAAUGACCGGCUGCAGUGCAUAAAACAGCACUUACAGAACCCUGCAAACUUCCAUAAUGCAGCAACAGAGCUCCUGGACUGGUGCGGAGACCCCAGAGCCUUCCAGAGGCCAUUUGAGCAGAGCCUGAUGGGUUGUUUGACGGUGGUUAGUCGAGUGGCAGCUCAGCAAGGAUUUGACUUGGAUCUUGGAUACAGGCUACUGGCAGUAUGUGCAGCCAACAGGGACAAAUUCACUCCAAAAUCAGCUGCGCUGCUUUCGUCGUGGUGUGAGGAGCUGGGACGGCUCUUGCUGCUUCGCCACCAGAAAAGCCGGCAGAACGAUCCUCCAGGGAAGCUACCCAUGCAACCCCCCAUGAACUCUAUGAGCUCCAUGAAACCCACUCUCUCUCAUAGUGAUGGGUCUUUCCCUUACGAUUCUGUUCCCUGGCAGCAAAAUACCAACCAGCCUCCAGGCUCUUUAUCAGUGGUCACCACAGUAUGGGGUGUGACUAACACGUCUCAAAGCCAGGUGCUGGGAAAUCCAAUGGCAAGUGCUAACAACCCUAUGAACCCAGCAGGAAAUCCCAUGGCUUCUGGGAUGACUACCAGCAACCCUGGAAUCAAUUCCCCUCAGUUUGCUGGACAGCAGCAACAAUUUUCAGCCAAGGCAGGCUCCACUCAGCCAUACAUCCAGCAGGGCAUGUAUGGGCGGCCCAAUUAUCCUGGAAGUGGAGGCUUUGGUGGCAGUUACCCUGGAGGCCCAAAUACCCCUGCAGGAAUGGGGAUCCCCCCACACACAAGGCCACCAGCUGAUUUCACCCAGCCAGCUGCAGCUGCCGCCGCUGCUGCAGUUGCGGCUGCAGCUGCUACAGCAACAGCUACAGCUACAGCCACUGUGGCAGCUCUUCAGGAAACGCAGAAUAAGGACAUGAACCAGUAUGGACCGAUGGGUCCAACUCAGGCUUACAACAACCAGUUUAUGAACCAGCCUGGUCCUCGUGGCCCUGCUUCUAUGCCAGGCAACAUGAACCCAGCAAGCAUGGGAGCAGGAAUGACGCCGUCUAGCAUGAGUGGGCCACCCAUGGGCAUGAACCAGCCUCGGCCUCCUGGAAUGAGUCCCUUCAGCACCCAUGGGCAGAGGAUGCCUCAGCAAGCCUACCCAGGCCCACGCCCCCAGUCUUUGCCUAUACAGGGCAUAAAGAGACCGUACCCAGGAGAGCCGAAUUAUGGAAACCAGCAGUAUGGACCAAAUAGCCAGUUUCCAAACCAGCCUGGUCAGUACCCCACUCCCAACCCUCCAAGACCCCUUACGUCUCCCAACUAUCCUGGACAGAGGAUGCCAAGCCAGCAAAACACAGGGCAGUACCCUCCUCCAACAGUCAACAUGGGGCAGUAUUACAAGCCAUCAAGGCCUGUACCUGUGGCAAAUUACCCUCAUUCACCUGUUCCAGGAAACCCCACGCCACCUAUGACUCCAGGGAGCAAUAUUCCUCCAUACCUGUCACCUAACCAGGAUGUCAAACCACCAUUCCCACCUGACAUUAAACCAAAUAUCAAUGCUUUGCCACCACCACCAACCAACCACAAUGAUGAGCUGCGUCUGACAUUUCCCGUGAGAGAUGGUGUUGUACUGGAGCCCUUCCGGCUGGAACACAACCUGGCAGUCAGUAACCAUGUCUUUCACUUACGGCCAACUGUUCAUCAGACACUGAUGUGGAGGUCUGACUUGGAAUUACAGUUCAAGUGCUAUCACCAUGAAGACAGACAAAUGAACACAAACUGGCCAGCUUCAGUCCAGGUCAGCGUUAAUGCAACCCCACUUACCAUCGAACGUGGCGACAACAAGACAUCUCAUAAACCUCUGCACCUAAAGCACGUCUGCCAGCCAGGAAGAAACACGAUUCAAAUUACAGUCACAGCAUGUUGUUGUUCACACUUGUUCGUGUUGCAGUUAGUACACCGGCCAUCAGUUCGAUCUGUACUUCAAGGUCUACUAAAGAAACGCCUCCUCCCAGCAGAACAUUGUAUCACUAAGAUAAAGAGGAACUUCAGUAGCGUAGCAGCUUCCUCUGGCAACGCGACACUAAAUGGGGAAGAUGGAGUAGAGCAAACUGCUAUUAAAGUGUCUCUGAAGUGUCCGAUCACAUUCCGGCGGAUUCAGCUCCCAGCAAGGGGUCAUGACUGCAAGCAUGUACAAUGCUUUGAUCUGGAAUCUUACUUGCAACUGAACUGUGAAAGAGGAACUUGGAGGUGUCCGGUAUGCAAUAAAACUGCUCUGCUGGAGGGCUUGGAGGUUGACCAGUAUAUGUGGGGUAUUCUGAACGCUAUACAAAACUCAGAGUUUGAAGAAGUUACCAUUGAUCCAACUUGCAGUUGGAGGCCAGUCCCUAUAAAGUCAGAUAUUCACAUCAAAGAUGACCCAGAUGGCAUUCCCUCAAAAAGAUUUAAGACCAUGAGUCCAAGCCAGAUGAUCAUGCCAAAUGUGAUGGAGAUGAUUGCAGCUUUGGGUCCUGGCCCGUCACCUUACCCAUCCCUACCCCCUCCUCCAGGAGGCAACAACUCCACUGAAUAUGGUAACCAAGGCAACAGUUACCAAGGUCAUGGCAAUUUUGACUUCCCGCACGGGAAUCCCGGUGGCACGUCUAUGAAUGACUUCAUGCAUGGGCCACAGCUGUCACAUCCCCCAGACAUGCCGAGCAGCAUGGCAGCUCUCGACAAACCUCUCAGUCACCCCAUGCAGGAAUCUAUCCCUCAUCCCGGCAGCACUGAUCAGUCCCAUACUUCCAUGCAGCAAGGUUUGCACGUCCCUCACCCCAGCAGCCAGUCAGGGCAGCCAUUACAUCACAGCGGGCCUCCUACCCAGCAGUCCCGGCAGCCGCCCCCGGCCGCUUCUAGCAACCAUCCACACAGUGACCUGACCUUUAAUCCCUCCUCAGCCUUAGAGGGUCAGGCUGGUGGACAGGGAGCACCCGACAUGCCGGAGCCCUCGCUGGAUCUGCUUCCAGAACUCACAAAUCCAGAUGAGCUGCUUUCGUACCUGGAUCCUCCUGAUUUGCCAAGCAAUAGCAAUGAUGACCUUCUGUCUCUCUUUGAGAACAACUGAAACCAUGUGUAUUCUCCCAUCCCUUUCACUUGUUCACACGUGUGUGGCUGCACAGCGAGGAAUCUUAACACUCCUUUUCCACAAGAGAAGAAAAAAAAACCUCACAACUUGAUCCAAUGGUGCACUCCCUGCUUUCUUCAUCUCAGAACUGGUUUUGUCAGCUUCAAAGACUGCGAAAGUGAUGGGAGAAAAAAAUACAAAAAAUAAAUAAAUGCAGUAAUCUCCGAGUCUGCCGUGCUACACAUGACAAAGAAGCAUAGACAGUUGUGCAGCUAUUGGAAACCCCAUUUGUUGUUCAUCCUCUAGAGAGAGAGUUCUGUGAUAAACAUAGUGUGAAGUAUCUUGGCAAAAACGAAUCUUGGCAAGGGAAGAAAAGGCAACAAAAUGGAACUGUCUUUAAUUGACCCAUCUCAGAGUGUCCUUCCAACGCGUGUUCUUCCAUUUUUUUGAAACUGUAUCUCCCUCCACCCCACCGCCCCUCUGCCCCCCUCCAACCACAGGUUUGCAUUGGAGUGAUUGUCCUGGCCGCACACAAAACGAAAAACAAAAACACAUGCAAAGCUCAAAAAAGCACAAAUCCUACAGUCAAGUGGCAAAGAUAGGGAAGACAUACAGGCCCGUCAGAGGGAGCCAGCAGUUUAGCUCACGCGACUUCAGUAGCAGAGUCCUGAGAAUCUCCAGGCUGCAGCCGUGGGUGUUGGUAUUUCUGCAAGCAGGAAUCUUAACCACCUCUUUGCAGAGGAUUCCUCUGGCCAAACACACAGAUUGGAAACACCCAGGAAAAAUUUAAAAAAAAAUAUUUCCAAUGUUUAGGGAUUUUUUUGUGGUUUUGGUUUCAAAUCAGUACUGUUUGUGGCUGCGUUAACAUCCAGCUGUUGAGAUUGCUGUAAUAGAUCUUUUUGCCAUGAAUGCCAUACGGAAUGGAAAAGGGAGGGGGGAUGCAAACCAACCUGUUCCUGAUUAUUACCUACAGCCUUCGGUGCCCCGAGCAUUGUGUCACUGUCUGUACUGCACAAUACGUAGUAAGACAAGAUGGGUUGAAGGCAGCCAGGAAAUCACUGCAGAAUGGAGGGAGAGUAACAUCACUAUCUGCAGAAUUAUUCUUAAUAAUCAGCUUGAGAAGGGGCAUUGACAUUGGACAGACAUCUUACAGCUUCAUUUUUGUUUUGCUUUGUGUUCCGUUUUCGUGACUGUUACAGAUGAUUCAGCCUUUUUCUUUUCUCCUCCUUCAGUUUCUUUUUUUAAACUUUGGCUGCCGGGAUGAGCUCUUUCUCCUGAAGGACUGGGCAUGGGGAGAAUAAGUAACUGUCGGUAGAUUGCUACUGCCCUCAAGAGACCCUGCUGCCACAAUCACUGUCUUGCCCCUGUGAUCUGUGCUUCUCGUGUGGUUGCUGCUCCUGCAUGAGCUUCCUAUUGCUUCUGUGCCCAUUUCUGUGCUCUUCGUCUCCCUCUCUCUCUUCCUCUCUCUUAUAAAUGAUGUACAGUAGCUGUGUAAGAAGUGCAUGUGUGCCAACUUUGCCCUUGUGGUGCAACAUUUCAGCUUUUGCCCACUGUACAGUUAUUGGCUUCGUUUCUUUUUGUUACUAAAGCAAAUUUGACCCUACUCCUUUUCCUCAUCCCAAACCCAAUCAAACACCCUUCGUUUGCUCGCCACAAUAUGUUUUAAACUGAAGUGCCAGGCAAAAUUUUGUUUGUUCCUGUUGGUUUGACUAGAUAGCUUCCUAGCCCUCUGUGUUUAGUUUGCAAUGCUGUAAAUGGCAUGCUCUGUGCUGACGACUCUGGAUUUGCUUUCCUCACCAAAGUCAAAUUUGUAAAUUCUUUGCGGUUUUUGUUUUAUUUUGCUCUUUUUGUUAACGUUUCCCACUACUGCUGUACAUGCGUCAUGAUAUAUAUAUGCUAGUCAGCAGCACCUUGCUGUAGAUAUUAAAGGAAAUGGCGGUUUAGUUCUUUUAUUUUCCAGUAGGAGUAUUGAAUCUGUCAAACAUAUUAUGUAGAGAUGGUCCCACACUUAUAUUUUUCCUGUUUCAAGUUUUUUUAAGAAAGGCGCUGUUCAUUAUGCAAAAUCAAUUAUUUUAAGAAUUGCUAUUGUAAAUAUCUUUGUGAAUAUUUUAGUAUCGUCUUUGAUAAUAUUCAACAUUUUCAUGAUCUGGUUAUACUUUUGCUGGUGUUUUUAAAUACCUUGUCUGAAGAAAAAUAUGGGUCCUUUUUUAAAAAAGACAAUUGAGGGUUCUUUAACAGAAUA